AUGCUUGAGUAUCUCGGACUGUCCACGGACUCAAAACCAAAGCCAUGGGAGAGAAUUGCUGCGGCUAAGCGGCAGGCCCUUCGUGAUGCAAUCCCUGCAGAAUGGGUGAUCCCCGCAGAGAUUCUUCCUCCCGAAGAAGAGACAGAUGUGACCACUUUUUUGCGUGAAUCGGGUUGGUUCACUGACCGAGAGGUGGAAAUCACAUCGACUCCUGCACCGGAGCUCCUCGCUGAGCUUUCCAGCGGGUCAUGUACUUCAGAGGAGGUGACCAAGGCGUUUUGCAAAGCCGCAGCGGCCGCUCAUCAACUAACCAAUUGUCUAUCGGAGAUUCUGUUCGAUGAAGCUAUCUCUAGAGCAAAACAGCUGGAUGACCAUCUCAAACAGACGGGCAAGCCUGUAGGGCCUUUCCAUGGCUUCCCAAUUUCUCUGAAGGACAAUUUCAAUAUCAUUGGGAAAGACUCUACCAUCGGAUUUGUAUCACUUGUCGACGACCCAGCCACUUACAACAGUACUCUCACGGAUCUCCUUUUAGAGGCAGGUGCUGUUCUCUAUAUCAAGACGAAUGUGCCCACCGCAAUGAUGAUCGCUGAAACGGUGAACAAUGUCUUUGGUCGCACAGUUAACCCGAGGAACAGAAAGCUCACACCUGGCGGUUCGUCUGGAGGAGAAGCAGCAUUGAUUGCGUUUGGAGCGAGUAGGAUAGGUGUCGGGACGGAUAUCGGUGGUUCUCUCCGGAUUCCGGCCGCCUGUACAGGCAUCUUUACUUUGCGUCCGUCUUUUGGGCGCUUCCCUAACUCUCAGACACGCUCAGGAUUGGCAGGCCAGGAAUCUGUGAACAGCGUCAACGGCCCAAUGGCAAAGACUCUCCCGGAGAUCGAGCUUUUUGCGAAAACAGUAGUAGGACAGGAGCCUUGGAUACACGAUCCAAAAUGCCUACCGAUCCCAUGGCGCUCAGUCGAACCGAAAAAGACGUUGAAAAUCGCUGUCUUGUGGAAUGAUGGAAACGUUACCCCAACUCCUCCUGUCGCUCGGGCACUUAAGGAAACCGUGGAGAAGCUCAAAAGUGCUGGCCAUGAGAUAGUAGACUGGGGGCCCACAGACCACCAGGCCGCAGUCAAAUUACUAUCACGCAAGUUCCUCGCAGACGGCGCGAAAUCCAUUCGUAAAUUAAUCGAGCCCACUAAGGAACCGUUCCGACCCGAGAUGAAAGAUUAUGAGGCGUCCUCGGAGAUCGGAGUGAAUGAGUUAUGGCAGAUUCAUAUAGAACGCAACACGCUGCAGAAAGAUUAUCUAGAGAGAUGGAACGCUUGUGAAGGUUUGGAUGCAAUUCUUGGCCCAACGACUCCGUAUAGUUCUGUAGAACACGGGAAAUUCGCCUAUGUGGGCUACACCGGUGUCUUUAACAUACUCGACUAUCCCGCCGUAUCUUUCCCCAGUGGUGUCAAAGUCGAUAAGGCGCUUGAUACUCCUUACGCUGCACACCAAGCAUUGAGCGACAUCGACGCGACCGUGCAAAAUAUAUAUAAUGCGGAGGCAGUCGAUGGCAUGCCCGUCAAUUUGCAAUUAGUCGGACGUCGCCUCGAAGAGGAGAAAGUACUUAUGAUGACGGCUGUCGUACUUCAAGCUCUUUAGAUUCAAUAGUGUCCAUCUUGCAAGAGGUAGACAAUACUCUGGAGAUCCAAAUUAUCCCAAUUCCAGCCACGCUCUAGUUAUGGCUGCCCAGUAAUCAUUUCUUUUGUCCAGACGCCCUGUUCCCCGAUCCAAUGGGAAAUAAGGCCGAUGAAAGCUGGGACGCCACAUUGUUAGCCUGUAUACUCAUCCUGAUCUAGACUUCCACAUAUAGUCGGCCAUGCAUGCUUAUGGAGCCGGUAAGGUAAAACUAAAGGUU